AGCCGUAUUUAUAUCUCUAAGCACGUACAAUCGAAUGUCCUAGAUGGUCAAGAAUUAGAACUGUAACAUUACCAUAAAUACUUCAAUAUAUAUUAUAAUCAGUUACUCAAGUCAGCAUCAGUCACCAGUUCAGUUGGAUUUGAUUUAUAGUUCGUUUCAGGAAGAUUCGCAAUUCUCAAAAAGAAAAUGCCAACCUACAAAUACUCCUACUUUGAUGUACGAGGUCGUGGAGAACUUGUCAGAUACGUGUUCCAUGCAGCUGGUAGAGAUUUUGAAGAUGACAGAGUGGCUAGAGAAGAUUGGCCAUCACGAAAGGAAUCAACCCCAUUCGGCCAGAUGCCUGUAUUAGAUGUUGACGGUAAAAAGCUAGCACAAAGUGGAGCAAUUGCACGAUAUGCCGCUAGAGAGUUCGAUUUAGCCGGUAAAGAUAGCUGGGAACAAGCUCUUGUAGACCAGUAUAUGGGACUCGUUGAAGAUAUGUUUACAGAGAUAGUUAAAGUAUUUUUUGAGAAGGACGAAGAAAAGAAGAAAGAACUUCAGAAGAAUUUGGCAGAAGUAGUAUUUCCAAAAUUUUGUGGAUUAUUUGAAAAAGCAUUAGAUCAAAACGGAGGAAAGUUUUUCGUCGGAAAUUCGCUGACACUUGCUGAUCUUGCUGUUCUCAACGCAUUUGACACGCCAUUACAUCAACACCCCACACUUCUAGACAAGUUUCCUAAACUUAAAGCACAUAGAGAACGUGUAAUGGCCACUCCAAAACUUUCUGACUACAUCAAGAACAGAAAGGUUACUGACAUUUAAAAAAAUCAAGACUGUGAACUAUUAGUGAAUAAGGUGUCAAUAAUAUGAAAUAAUAAAAAAAAAUCAAACAAUUUA